AAUUGCUGGGGAUGGAGUACUUGUACAGCCAGACCGGCAAAGCAUUGACUUCGGUGCUCCAGAACCCAGUGGAGGAGGCCAGACUGGUGGAGGAGAUCAAUGAUGAUGACAUUCAAGAUGAGGGAUUUGAAGAAGAGACCACAGAGGACAUCACAGUUCCUGUGCUCCACGAGGAUGACCCCUCCCGUCAACUGCCCUCAUCGCUGACGGAGAUUCCUCAGGCCUCUCCACCUCAGGCCCCUGCAUCUCCUGAUGAUCUGCAGUCCAGGUCAUGUGAUGGAGGACAACAUCCUGCCGCUGCCCCUUCAGUAUUGCCUGACACCUCUCAGGCUGCACUGGACAAUGAAACCAAUCUGUCCAACGAGGCUCAGGGAGCAGUCAUUGGACCGAAUGGGGUCGUUGGGUGGGAUAAAGUCCAGGACCUCGCUGCUUACCUGGUGGGUUUCCGUGAGGCAUCUUACCUCACUCAACUGCAGGUGACCCAGGUCAUCCAGCUGUGGACAACUCUCUCUGACUGUGACAAGAGGUGGGUCAACUAUCAGCCUUGUCAUCAGGAGCGACUGCUACAUGGCAGUUUUAAGGCUCCCAAGCGGUCUGGAGUCACACCGGGUGUGGAGAGUGUUAAGCGCUGGUUGAUAGGACAUCCUGGGGGGCCAGCUCAGUGGCCUGCCACCAGCCGCUUGGUUGAGGCCAUGUGCAAAACGCUGUGCACUUUGCACAAGACAACCAAGUGUUUCCAACCCCAGAUGGUCUAAGAUUCUCCGCGACUACCACCACAUCCGGGAUUUAGUGCUCAACAGUCCAAGGGUUAUACAGGGCACAAAGAUCCAGCUCUUUGAGAUUAAUCAGCGGACACUCAUUCAAUGGUCGGUCAGGCACAUUAUUUAAUUCAAUUCAAUUUUAUUUAUAAAGCGCAUUUCAUGCACAAGGCCGACUCAAUGUGCUUCACAAGAGGAAUACAUAGUAACAGUAAAUACAGUUAUAUAAAAAUCAAUUAGGAAUCAAUUGAAGAGUGCAAGUGCAAGUAAACCAUCAUAUGUAUGACAUCUUCACCACAUACACACUUAAACUCAUACAUACGCACCCACUCACACAACCACACAUGGACACAUGCACACACACAGUUCAACAGAAUGCUGUUUAAUAAAUGAUUUACCGCAAAGUGACUGAAUAGUUCUCUAAUGCAUACAUAUCUAACACAUGAUCUUCUCUCAGGUUUCAACGGCAUCAGAAGAACCAGGAGAUGAGUGUCCUUUCUCAGGGAGAAAGGAAACUCAAGCAUUGGACUGAAUGCCACAUUAAUAUAUAAUUAUGUUUUUGUAUGUUUAAAAGUUCAGGGAAA